UGCCACCAGUGACCCUCUGCACUGGGCCCCGGCAGCUGGCCAGGCUGGUAGGCAGGGUGGGGACUGCCCCACAGCACCAUGCUUGUGGGUCGCACUGUGCCCAUGCUCAGCCCCGACGCCCACGCUGCCCGCACAGUGCUGCCUGUGGCUCCUGCCAUUAGGAGAAAUACGACAUUUGCAGCGUAAGGUUGUGAAAAGCCUGAGGCAACAAAAAAAAAAAGGAAAUGGCUUUUUUCUCUGGUGUUUAUGUGUGCGCGUUUGCAGGCGCUUCUGUGCUUGGGGCAGCUGACCAGGAGGCGCUGGGGUCCCCCCGCCCCGGCACGGUGCCGUGCACGCCAGCAGGAAGCGCCCGCCGUGACAGUCGCCCGCGCAGCUGGCACGUGGGUGCUGCUGACCCCAUCACCGCAUCCCCCCAUGGCCGGAGCGCCCCGGCAGCACCGAGCCGCCACCAUGUUCCACAGAAAGCGCAGCGUCUCCUUCGGCGGCUAUGGCUGGAUUGACAAGACGAUGCUCGCCAGCCUGAAGAUCAAGAAACAGGAGCUGCUGAACAGCACGGAUGUGACCGUCCCGGAGCGGCCGCUAUCUCCCCCCCUCACCGCCCCGCCGACCAUGAAGUCUGCAGAAUUCUUCGAAAUGCUGGAAAAAAUGCAGGCACCAAAACUUGAAGAACAGAGGGCUGGAAGCCAAAAACAUAAGGAAGACUACAUCCCGUACCCCAGCAUUGAUGAGAUCCUAGAGAAGGGCAGCCCGUACCCACUGAUCAUCCUGCCCCAGUUUGGGGGAUACUGGAUCGAAGACCCGGAAAACCUCGGUACACCCACCUCGUCCGACAGCAGCAUCUGCGAGGAGGAGGAGGAGAACCUCAGCCCCAGCACCUAUGGCUACAAGCUGGAGUGCAAAGGAGAGGCCAGAGCCUACAGGAAACAUUUCCUGGGGAAGGAUCAUUUAAAUUUUUAUUGUACAGCCAGCAGUCUUGGAAAUCUGAUCCUUUCUAUUAAGUGUGAAGAGGCAGAUGGCACGGAAUAUUUAAGGAUUAUACUCAGGUCCAAAGUGAAGACGUUGCAUGAAAGGAUCCCCCUGGCAGGAUUUAGCAAGCUCCCUAGUAUCCCCCAGAUUGCAAAGGCCUUCUGCGAUGAUGCCUCUGGGCUGAAGUUUAACCCGGUUCUGUACCCCAAGGCAUCCCAGAUGAUAGUGUCUUAUGAUGAACAUGAGGUCAACAACACAUUCAAGUUCGGUGUGAUCUAUCAGAAGUUCAGGCAGACCCAAGAGGAGGAGUUGUUUGGCAAUAAUGAAGAGAGCACUGCCUUCAAGAACUUCUUAAGUUUUCUAGGGGACACCAUAACACUCCAGGACUUCAAAGGUUUUCGAGGAGGUCUGGAUGUCAGCCACGGGCAGACGGGAGCAGAGUCUGUGUACACGGUGUUCAGGGACAGGGAGAUAAUGUUUCACGUCUCUACGAAGCUGCCUUUUACCGAAGGAGAUACACAGCAACUCCAGAGGAAGAGGCACAUUGGCAAUGACAUUGUGGCAAUUAUCUUCCAAGAAGAGAACACGCCGUUUGUCCCAGACAUGAUCGCCUCCAACUUCUUGCACGCCUACAUUGUCGUGCAGGUGGAAAACCCCGAGGCAGAUAACGCGGUGUACAAGGUGUCCGUCACAGCCCGGGAAGAUGUCCCCUCCUUUGGCCCACCCCUGCCGAGCCCGCCAGUAUUUCAGAAAAGCCCUGAGUUCCGGGAGUUCCUGCUGACCAAGCUCAUCAACGCCGAGAACGCCUGCUGCAAGUCGGACAAGUUUGCAAAGCUGGAGGACCGGACGCGGGCAGCCUUGUUGGACAACCUUCAUGACGAGCUCCACGGGCACACGCAGACCAUGCUGGGGCUGGGGCCUGAGGAGGACAAGCUGGAGAAUGGGGGUCACGGAGGCUUUCUGGAGUCUUUCAAGAGAGCCAUCCGGGUGCGCAGCCACUCCAUGGAGACGAUGGUGGGCAGCCAGAAGAAGCACCACGGCGGCGGCAUCCCGGGCAGCCUCAGUGGGGGCAUCGCCCACAACAGCGGCGAGGUGACCAAGACCACCUUCUCACCUCCUGUACCAGCAGCUGCCGCCAAGAACCAGUCCAGGAGCCCCAUCAAGCGCCGUUCGGGGCUGUUCCCUCGCCUGCACACGGGGUCUGAGAGCCAGGCGGAGAGCAGGUCAAGGUGUGACAGUGUUUCUGGAGCCCAGAAGACACCAGAUUUGGGACAUUCUUCUCAAGAGAUGAAAUCUGAAACCUCGUCCAACCCCAGCUCCCCUGAAAUAUGCCCCAACAAAGACAGGCCGUUUAUUAAGCUGAAAGAGAAUGGGAGGUCAAACAUCUCCCGUUCUUCCUCAAGCACCAGCAGCUUCAGCAGCACGGCAGGGGAGAGCGAGACCCUGGAGGAGUACGACAGCGUGGGAAGCCAGCCGUCUACAGCAUCGCCAUUCAAGCAGGAUGUGUUUGUGUACAGCGCCUUGCCUGGCAGCGAGAGCCCAAGCGUGGGGGCAGCGGCCACCCCCGUGAUCAUGAGCAGGAGCCCCACAGCAGAUAUAAAGAACAGAAACUCUCCAAGGUCGAGCCUGAAGUUUCGCUUUGACAAGCUCAGCCACGGCAGCUCCAGCACGAGCCACUAGCAGGAAGAAGAAGUCAUGAACUUGUAAAAGAGAAUUUUUAUUUCAACAAAGGGAAAACUCUUCAACAUCCCGUGGGAAAAUGCACACCCCGGCCGUGGGCAGCGAGGUGCCCUCACCUCCCGGCUCCACCUCUGCGCCGGGAAGAAGCUCUCAUCUUGCCGCGAUCUCUGCCCUGACAGGGACCCAGCCACCUUCCCACCGGGUGAACCCCUUGCCAGCAAAUCCCCCGUGCCCCUCCGUCUGCGCCGCGGGAGGAGAUCGUCUCCACCCACCUGGCACACGCGUGUGGCUGGGGACCACGUCCCCUCCGUGGUGCCGUGAUGUGUCGCCCCAUGAGUGCCUGUGCGUGCUAUGGCUGGUAGGUACCGGGCAGGCACCAUCAAUCCCCCCUCCUGGCUCAUCUGCCAGCUCCUCUCAGGCAGAGGGGACGCAGGAUGGACCCCUUGUGCAGUUUGGGUGCCUCCAUACUUUAUUUGCAGCUAUCAGUGGGGAAAGAGGCAGGUUUUGUUUUUUGGAAAGGUAAACGGUCAGGGCAAAAUUAGGUGUGUGCUUGGCCCAGGGGCAGUUCCCAGCCCCAUCGUUUGCCAUCCCCCUUCUCUGUUUGGCAAGGACGGGGCAAAAUUUCCCCCCGUGGUGCUGCUGGGGCGGCUCUUACUGGCGCGGGGCGGCGGGGGCUGCAGCAGCUCACCACCCGCCCCGCUGCUGCUGCUCCCCCUCCAGCUUGCUACCCAUGUUGCAAAACUUUUAGGGAAGAUUCAGCCUCUUAUUUCAUACUUCUGUAGUUCCUGCACAAGAGGAAGAUGCCUGAAUCGGUCCCAGGGAAGCAGAGCCAGUGACCGGGGCCAACUCAUCCUCUCUCUGCAGCUGGGGAAAUAGUUUAUAUGGCCUCCGUGCUUUCUCCCUGCCUGAAACUCAGCACAGGCCUGGAAAAGACUAACCAAAGCUAAAGCUGUAGUAUGUCUAAAUGCCAGAGCUGGUACUCAGAGUAAAUUUACCCUGUGGGCCCUGCUUUACACUAUGGGUUGGAUUGCCAGGCAAGCAAAUGCGUAAAACUCCUGUGAUUUGGAUGGCAUUAGGCUGCUCCACCCCGGGCAAAAUCUGUCCCUCUGCUUUUGAAUGUGCUUUUGUUUGUUUUGAAAGAAAAGAAUUAUGAAUUCUGCAAGGUGACUUCCCUGUGAUGCCCUUUUCCAAAAAAUACCUCUCUCAACAUGCCAAGAAAUCCUUUUGCUCUUUUAUGGAACUAUGCCUAAAGUUUACUGACGUCUGUCCAUGGAUUUCACACUGUGUAUAGAUUUCCCUUAUCAGUUUUUUGAAAGAUACACUGCAGUGCUGCAGAGAUGCUCCCUCCUCCCCUUUACCACAGUCUGUGACCUUUGCAAAACCCCCCAUUCAAUCUCAAGUGAAAGCAAUUCUCUGAGUUCGUGAUUCCUCAUGAAAACAGAACUUUGAGUGCCAAAGUUAACUUUACACAGUUGGCGCUCCAAGGGGCACAGAAGUAUCUGACUGUGAAUUUUAGGAGAUGUUUGCAGGAUCGCAUACCUAGAAGCAGCCCCGGGCAGCCGCCGCAGCGGGGAUUCCCAGGGCCACCCGCCUGGGUCUGCGGCUGCUCCCCGGGGAUGCACCUCUCUGUGGGGGCAAGAUACCAAACCACCACCUCCCCUCCUCUCUGUCACCUACCCCGGCACAGAGCAAAGCUGAGCCAAGCCAAUCCGAACCGGCUCUGCUAACUGAGGCUCUGCACGGUACUGACAACCUUACUGUUCAGUUCAUAUAGGUGCUCCCACUCGUGCAUGUAAUUUAUCCAUUUGAAAAGAAAGAGCUGUAGCCCUAAUGGGAGAGGAACCAGAUUAAAGGAGGAAAACACAUGGAAAAGAUGGAGAACAGUUUCACGUGCACUAAGUGCGCUGUGUAGGACUAGUAAAUACCAGUAGCCACCAGUGGCGACACUCCCUUCUGCUUUCAGUGAGUUGCAUUUAAAUAAAGUUUAAAUAUUGAGGUUUUCUUUGAAAGAGGAAAAGCACGGUGUGCUUGGCCCGGUCCGUAGCUAGCUCUAGAUGUCUCAGGUUCCACAUACUUUGCUGUUCAGCACUUCUGCCUGACAAUGCUUUGGUAGCACUUUCAAACCCAUCCCCAGUUCUUCCUCUUAGAAGCUUUUGGUCUGUUUUUCUUAUGCUGCGCAGAGAAAUACUGACUGGUGCGAUGACUUGCUUUGAGGGUCUGUACUUGGUUUUGCUUUCUUUCCCUGAGAAAUUGCUUGAGUCUAUAGACGUUGUCAUUCGCAUGGGUGUUGAUCUCCAUGAGAUCUUUCAGCAGAAGAUGCAGUGGCUACUGUCAGCUGGGUUGUACUUUUUUUUUUUUAACUUGAAACUGUGACUUUCCUUUUUGACCUAGAUUGGUUUGUAGAAUUAUUUGAAUGGGAUUAACAGGCAGGCAGGACAGUGUGAAGCUUCAGGGAGAAAAAUGCGGUGUGUUGGACUUGUCUUUCCCCGUGCCAGCCUGCUGGAACGGCAGCGGGGCCCAGAGCCACGGUCUGGCACAAGGUUUGCCAGCAGUUCCUGUGUGCUCUGGGACAUUUUCAACAGCAUUCCUCAUGACGGGUUGUAAAAACCUACUGCAAAGUCCUUAACAGCAACUGGGCUUUUGAAGCUCCUGUCCUAGCCAGGCUCUAGCGUGGUUUCUGCCCACCUGCACUGCUUUGCAGCUGGGUGCGUGGCGUGCUCCUUUCAGCCCCUGAUUCGUGCCAUAGGAGUGCUGGGGACUGACCAGCAGUUGAGCUAAACCUCGGAGGCAUUUGCACUUCCAGCAGUGGGUGAAGGUGUUCCUGUAUAUAUAUUGCAAAAUGUUUUGUGCUUGUAAGUGACACACAUGCACACACACAUAUAUAUACACGUAUAUAAAAGGGAUUUUUUAUAUAUAUAUCGAUAAAAGCAAGGAUCCUUACUGACACUAAAAUUAUUGGGCAGUGCAUUUUCCUUUGUGAUCCCCGCUGUUUCCAUUCACAUAAUUUCUACCAGACUCGGAAGUGACUUUGCACAGGGAGCAGAAGGGGCUCAGAAACGGUGCUGAGGGAGGGCUGGGGGAGCCCCCGGCUUCGUGGAGAGGUCUCUCCUGUCAUGGGGGUUGCUCCCCUUCUCACCGGGGUUUCAGUCCCCCCGUGCUCCUGCUGCACCCUGGCUGCUGCUUGGCUUGGACUAGUUCAUGACCUUGGUGAGAGGUAGAGGCAGGUCAGGUCCAGGUCCACCUCCCCAGCACCGAUGCUGCAGGCUCUGAGUCCUCUCCCUCCGCCAGCACCUCCUGUGUUAGCCCUGGGAACUGGCUUGCAGCUGCCGAGAGCUGGCAGUGAGCUGAUUCUCUGGGCUUUUAUUCAGGAAAGCACUUAGCAUGUACUUGCAUCCUCUUGAAAUCCCACAAAGUCAAGCACAGGAUUACACUUAAGCACAACAUGAAAGUGCUUUUUAUCUGAGUGAAAAGGGGGGAUCCUAAGCACAAACUCAGUUUCCUUCCAGAGUUUUGAGGGUCUUCAGGAAUGGCGGAUGAAGGGGCCAGACUUAAUCGCUGGCAUGAAUGGGCUUGUUAACGUGGGCUGAGGUUUCUCAGCUGUCUUCGGCUUGACUGCAAGAGGUGCUUAGCACCGAGAACUGCUUUUAAAACCAGCGGUUGCUCAGAGCUCAGCACCUCCCCAGAUCGCACCUUGCACUCAUGUUGCUUUGCUGAUGUUCCAAAUUCUGUUCCACUAGAGCUGGCAGAGUCUGUCAUUCCUCAGUCCUAGAGCAUGCUUUCAUUAUGUUUUAAUGAAUGUAGCACUGCGUAUAUCCUGCAAAGGGAAAUGCUGAAUUUAUAUCAUUAGAAUGUGAAAAGAGUUUAUAGAGUGAAAAUAAAUCUUGAAGAAAUGUAUCUGACAAAAUUUAUUUUUUAUGUAGAGAGGCGGUGCUUUGUAGUUCCUGGUGGCCUAUGUCUGUUGUAAAUAAUGUACAUUUAAUUUAUUGCUAUGGUAGCAGAUUGUAUUUGUUAUGUAUAAAACUAAAGGUUCACAAAUGUAUAUUUUGUUGCUUAACCGUGUCUUUGCAAAAUUCACAAUAAAUAACAUAUUUUGUGUCCA